CGUAAGGACGGCGGACGUCUGCCGGACCCAGGUGAAAAGGCCCACCUGAGUCCUGAGUUAGAGUCUUUCCUGUUUCUUUGGGGCUAGAGGAUUCCAACAAUCUGAUAUUCCUAGAAGUCUUCAGGUACAGUGGAAAGACUGCAGUGACCUAUUAAAGGAAUGCUGAAACCAUGGAUUACCCAUAUAUGCUUUGAGACGUGCUUUAGAUGCAUUUUUCUGGAAGCCCUGCAGUUAGCCCAAAAACUGAAUGUAUUGUAGAACAGACCUAUGGCCAAUGGUGACAGAGUCUACAUAGAACUAUGCUUCGUGGUGUUCUGGGAAAAACCUUUCGACUUGUUGGCUAUACUAUUCAGUAUGGCUGUAUAGCUCAUUGUGCUUUUGAAUACGUUGGUGGUGUUGUCAUGUGUUCUGGACCAUCAAUGGAGCCUACAAUUCAAAAUUCAGAUAUUGUCUUUGCAGAAAAUCUUAGUCGACAUUUUCAUGGUAUCCAAAGAGGUGACAUCGUGAUUGCAAAAAGCCCAAGUGAUCCAAAAUCAAAUAUUUGUAAAAGAGUGAUUGGUUUGGAAGGAGACAAAAUGCUCAUCAGUAGUCCAUCAGAUUUCUUUAAAAGCCAUAGUUAUGUGCCAGUGGGUCACGUUUGGUUAGAAGGUGAUAAUCUACAGAAUUCUACAGAUUCCAGGUACUAUGGACCUAUUCCAUAUGGACUAAUAAGAGGACGUAUAUUCUUUAAGAUUUGGCCUCUGAGUGAUUUUGGAUUUCUACGUGAUAGCCCUAAUGGCCACAGAUUUUCUGAUGAUUAAUAAGUAUUUAGUCUUUUCAUUCUUGUCUUCUGUUCAAGUGAAUUUAUUAUUGCCACUCAAACCAUGUAUUUACUAAUAAACUAUUUGCUUCUCAGUUUGUGAUUUUUAAUUGUUAAAUGUAAAG